UGUCUUCCCUCCUCACCUUCUCUCUAUAAAAACCUAGCCAUUUCAAACAACCAUUAAUUCAAUCCAAAAAAAAAAAAACCAUAACCAAAUUGUAGAAAAAUUGAAUACCCAUCUCUUGAAAUGGAAAAGGAAGGGCUUGGACUAGAGAUCACAGAGCUCAGACUCGGUCUUCCGGCCGGUAACCCUAGUUUUUCAAAUAAGAAAAAUGAGAAGAAGAGGGUGUUUUCGGAGAUGUCCGGUGAUCGAAAGAGUUCUACUGGAGAAAACAAGAUGCAGAGAGAGAAUCAGGUUGUUGGGUGGCCACCGGUGUGUUCAUACCGGAGAAAGAACAGUUUUAAUGGCAUUGAAAUGACGAAAAUGUAUGUGAAAGUUAGCAUGGAUGGAGCUCCUUUUCUUCGAAAAAUCAAUUUGAGUUAUCAUAAUGGGUAUAGUGAUCUUGCAAUGGCUCUUGAGAAGCUCUUCGGUUGUUUUGGCAUAGUGGAGGCGUUGAGGAAUGCUGACAACUGUGAAUUCAUCACCAUCAAUGAAGACAAAGAUGGAGAUUGGAUGCUUGUCGGAGAUGUUCCAUGGGAGUAUCUCUCUCUCUCUCUCUCUCUCACUCUCUCUCUCUCUGUCUAA